AUCAAGGCUACUACGUGCACGUCAUAUUAAAAUAAGAAUAAUUUCAUAGAUUAACAGUAAAUUCUUAAUUUGUUUCGACAAAAUUCUUAUAUGAAUGAUAUAUAAAAUUAUCAAACAAUGAAAUCAAAAUAACAAAAGAUUAUAUGACAAGCCAUUGCCAAAUAUUUUGAUAUAUUGAAAAACAUGCCUCAUGAAAAUUAUUAGUAAGUUUCUCAGAAAAUAAAUAACGAGUAACUUCCAUUUCAUUUCAUUAGUUCUAUUGGAGACUCAUUGUUCAGAAGUGCCGAAAUGGCACUUUGUCAACUUUUUCUACAAAGUGAAGCAGCUUACGCCUGCGUUUCUGAACUGGGAGAAAUCGGUCUCGUUCAAUUUAGAGAUUUGAAUCCUGACGUAAAUCUGUUUCAAAGAAAAUUCGUAAACGAAAUUAGAAGAUGUGACGAAAUGGAACGUAAACUACGUUAUCUCGAAAAGGAAAUACAAAAGAACAAGGUUCAUCGACAUUUUUCGGGAGAAUCGCCCAUUGCUCCAGAGCCUAGAGAAAUGAUAGAACUGGAGGCGACAUUCGAAAAACUCGAGAACGAACUGAUUGAAGUGAAUCAAAAUGCAGUCGCACUGAAAAGAAACUUUCUGGAGCUUGUGGAACUCAAACACGUAUUAAAUAAAGCUCACAUUUUUUUAGACGGGAUUGGAUCACACGAUCAGCUGAACCUCUUAACAGAAGAUCAACCUCCCAAAUUUGGAGGAGUCGUUGCGCUCAAACUUGGAUUUGUAACUGGAGUAAUUAAACGAGAUAAAUUUAAUAUUUUCGAAAAGACGUUGUGGAGAGCAUGCUUGGGAAACGUUUUCGUCAGACAAUCUGAAAUACAAACCAAACUCUUAGAUCCACAUACAGAAGAAGAAGUGUAUAAAUCAGUUUUCAUCAUUUUCUAUCAAGGAGAUCAACUGAAAACAAAAGUCAUCAAGAUUUGUGAAGGAUACAGAGCGACUAUUUAUCCAUGUCCUGAAAACAUUACGGAACGAAGGGAAAUGGCUGUUGGUGUAAUGACUCGCAUUGAGGAUCUACAAAUUGUUUUAAAUCAAACUGAGGAUCAUAGACGUAGAGUGUUGUUGGCUGCCGCUAAAAAUAUAAAAAUCUGGUUCAUAAAAGUGCGAAAAAUUAAAGCCAUAUAUCACACUCUGAACAUGUUCAAUUUGGAUGUAACCCAGAAAUGUCUGAUUGCCGAGUGUUGGGUACCAGUCAAGGACUUGGACAAGAUUCAUUUGGCUUUACGAAGAGGAACAGAGAGAAGUGGAAGCUCAGUACCACCAAUAUUAAAUAAGAUGGACACGAGCGAAGAACCUCCCACCUAUAACCACGUGAAUAAAUUUACAAAAGGAUUUCAAAUAUUAAUUGAUUCAUACGGAAUUGCCAGUUAUCAAGAAAUGAAUCCCGCCCCUUUCACUAUUGUCACGUUUCCGUUUUUGUUCGCUGUUAUGUUUGGUGAUUUAGGACACGGAUUCAUCCUGUUUUUAUUCGCAUCUUGGAUGAUCGGCAAAGAACGACAAUUAAAACACAAAUCCAAAAAUGAAAUUUGGACUAUAUUCUUUGGAGGUCGAUACAUAAUAUUCUUUAUGGGUAUUUUCUCAAUGUAUACCGGAUUAAUUUACAAUGACAUAUUUGCAAAGUCUUUAAAUAUCUUUGGAAGUACGUGGAAAGUUUCCAACGAGACUAAAGAAUACGUAUUAGCUUCUCGUGCUUCGGUGAUGCUGGAUCCUGCAACCAAUGAAUUCGUAGGUUUUUCAUAUCCCUUUGGAAUGGAUCCGGUAUGGCAGUAUUCAAAGAAUAAAAUUAUUUUUCAUAAUUCUUUUAAAAUGAAGAUUUCAAUUAUACUGGGCGUGUUUCACAUGCUGUUUGGGGUAAUCGUUAGCUUUUUCAAUCACAUACAUUUCAAGAAUAUAAUUAGCAUUUUUUGUGAAUUCAUACCGCAGCUAAUUUUCUUGUCCUUUUUAUUUUUAUACAUGGUCAUACUCAUGUUUAUAAAAUGGAUCAAGUAUUACGCCUCUAACGAUCCCAAGAAUAUUAAAACUAGUACAAGGUGUGCGCCGUCAAUAUUGAUCACCUUCAUUAACAUGAUAUUGAAUAAUCAUGCCGAAUUUGAGAAAGAGUGCGAGUCUCCGUUCAUGUUUGAAGGGCAGCGAAUACUUCAGCAGUGUUUGGUCAUCUGUGCUUUAGUUUGCGUGCCCUGGAUGCUUCUAGCCAAACCUCUACUAACUGUAACCACCAAUAAGAAGCCCACUUACUCUACUACUGAACAGUCGAUAACAAGAAGUAUAAGCUACGAAACAACGGAUACGAUAGGGAUGAUUGGAAUGAGGUCGGGCUCGACAAUUGGCAUCCAGCAAGUGGAGAGAGAUUCUAUAGGUGAACUCUUCAUUCAUCAAUCAAUUCACACUAUUGAAUAUGUACUGGGCUCAGUUUCACACACAGCUUCUUAUCUGAGAUUAUGGGCUUUGUCAUUGGCACAUUCGCAAUUAUCGGAAGUGCUUUGGAGCAUGAUUUUAGAUAAAGGACUGACGAUGACAAAUCCUUAUAUAGGAAGCAUUGCUCUUUACAUUAUUUUCGGAUGUUGGGCUGCUCUGACUGUCUCCAUUUUGGUCGUCAUGGAAGGAUUGUCCGCCUUUUUGCAUACACUACGAUUACACUGAGUUCCAAAGUAAAUUUUAUAUGGGAUCUGGUUAUGUUUUUCAACCAUUCUCAUUUCAAACGAUUCUAUAUCUCUCUACCAAAAAUGAACAAAACGUUUAAUUUUACUGUCUCAGUUAAGUUUUGUAAUAUAAAAUAAUAAUAAAUCAUUAACCCUAAUAA